AUAUACUAGUUUUAUUUUGAAUUACAUAUGCAUAUUUACAUUUAAAGAUUUGUUUUUGUAUCUUAUUUAGAUAAAAACGUCUUGUAUAUCCUCCAUUCUGAACGGACCUUAAAUUAAAUCCAUAAGUGAAUUAAGACAAAAUCUGUAUUCUUUUAGCGAUCUCGUAAAGGACGGCCGUGUGCCUAUUUCAUAAAUAUUUAUAUUUUAAAAUUAUACUUUUAUAAUAGGUCGUAAAAUUUUUAAUUAAUCAUAGUGUGUAAUAAAAUAAAAAUGAAAAAUUCCAGGGCAGAAGAACCACAGAUUAUCACCGCUUUGAGGAUAUUUUUCGAAAUAAUUUGGACCAUAAUCCGUGUCGAUGUAGAAAUUAUCAAGACUGUGUUCAGAUUCCUGAUCCCUCCGGAAUCUAAGGAUGUCAACGAUGAUAUUAUUUUGAUCACCGGUGCAGGCCAUGGCAUGGGACGGGAGGUGGCUCUGCGCUUCGCCAGGCUGGGGGCCAAGAUAGUAUGUGUGGACAUCAACCCUCAGGGUAAUGACGAAACUGUCUCCAUGAUCAAGCAGGAGAAGGGACAGGCUUAUCCUUAUGUAUGUGACGUCACGGACAGAACAGCGGUCCUAGCGUUAGCUGAGAAGGUGGAACGCGAAGUGGGAGUGGUGACCAUCCUCAUCAACAACGCUGGUAUCAUGCCCUGCAAGCCUGUGCUUAAGCAUUCAGAGAAGGAGAUCAAGACUCUUGUGGAUAUUAAUGUUAAUGGAAAUCUUUGGAUGAUCCAAGCGUUCUUACCCGCGAUGUUGGAACGUAACUAUGGUCACAUCGUGGCCAUGUCUUCCAUGGCUGGUAAGAUGGGUCUCCGCAACCUGGUCCCGUACUGCGGCACCAAGUACGCCGUCAGAGGCAUCAUGGAGGCUUUAGCUGUUGAGCUGCAUGAAGACCCGAGGGAUACUAAUGGGAUUAAGCUAACGACAAUCUGCCCAUACAUCGUGAACACCGGCCUCUGCCACAACCCUCGCAUUCGCUUCGAAGGUCUCAUGAAGACGGUGGAUCCCGGUGAUGCUGCUGAUCAGAUCGUUGACGCUAUCCGCAAGGAGUACCAUGAGAUUACCAUUCCAAGUGACUUGUAUUACACGAAUAAGAUUUUCGGUCUGUUCCCGCCAGCGGGUGCCAAGAUCCUAACAGACUUCGUUGGUACCGGUUUGGACCCCCACGAAUAAAACAUGACAUUUUUAAUUUAUUUUUUAUACAUAAUAAAAUUGUAAUGACUUUGUUGAUUUCGUAA